GGCUGACGUCAGAGGGGAACCGGUCUCGGCGCUGUGGCCGUCUCGGUGGCACUGCUCAGCAGAGUAGAGCGGAACAGAGCGGGACAGAGCAGUGCGCACAGCACACCGCCGCACCGCACCGCACCGCAGCGUACCCCGCGUCGCGCAGGCUUCGCGCUCCUCUUCCUCCCGUCGGCGCCGCUUUCCUCCGCUCAGCCGCGGGCCGGCAUGGGUCUGCUGUCGCAGGGCUCGCCGCUGAGCUGGGAGGAGACGCGGCGGUACGCGGAGCACGUGCGGAAGCACGGCAUCAUCCAGUUCCUUCACAUCUACCGUGCCCUGCGCGACCGCCACAAGGACGUCCUCAAGUGGGGCGACGAGGUGGAGUAUAUGUUAGUGAAAUUUGACCAUGAGAAUAAGAAAGUGCGCCUGGCACUCUGUGGUGAAGAAGUUCUUCAAACACUGCAAGACAAGGGUGAGAAGGUAAACCCCAACCACCCAACACUCUGGCGACCAGAAUAUGGAAGCUACAUGAUUGAAGGGACACCUGGGCAGCCAUAUGGGGGAACCAUGUCUGAAUUCAACACUGUGCAAGACAACAUGAGGAAAAGACGGCAAGAGGCUGCUUCUGUGCUCAAAGAAAACGAGGCUCUUUGCACUGUGACAUCGUUUCCAAGGUUAGGCUGUCCGGGCUUUACGCUGCCAGAGUAUAAACCAACGCCAGUAGAAGGAGGAGCUUCAAAAUCCCUCUUUUUUCCAGAUGAAGCCAUCAAUAAACAUCCCAGAUUUAGUACUCUGACCAGAAACAUUCGGCACCGAAGAGGAGAGAAGGUUGUGAUAAAUGUACCCAUAUUUAAAGACAAGAACACACCAUCACCAUUUACUGAGACAUUUCCUGAUGAUGAUGGCGAAGCAGCAAAGGCAGCUAAACCGGACUAUAUAUACAUGGACGCCAUGGGUUUUGGAAUGGGAAACUGUUGUCUUCAGGUAACAUUCCAGGCUUGCAGCAUUUCUGAAGCAAGGUAUCUUUAUGAUCAGCUGGCCACCAUCUGCCCCAUUGUGAUGGCCUUGAGUGCAGCAUCUCCAUUCUACAGAGGCUAUGUGUCUGAUAUUGACUGUCGCUGGGGAGUAAUCUCAGCAUCUGUAGAUGAUCGAACGCGAGAGGAGAGGGGACUAGAGCCACUGAAGAACAACCAUUAUAGAAUCAGUAAAUCCAGAUAUGAUUCCAUAGACAGUUAUCUAUCUGAAUGUGGUGAGAAAUACAAUGACAUUGAUUUGACAAUAGACAAAGAUAUCUACGAGCACCUGAUAAAGGAAGGUAUUGACCACCUUUUGGCACAGCAUAUUGCACACUUGUUCAUUCGAGACCCAUUGACGUUGUUUGAGGAGAAAAUACAUCUAGAUGAUGCAAAUGAAUCUGACCAUUUUGAGAACAUUCAGUCUACAAACUGGCAGACAAUGAGGUUUAAGCCACCUCCUCCAAAUUCAGAUAUUGGAUGGAGAGUGGAAUUCAGACCUAUGGAGGUCCAGUUAACAGACUUUGAAAACUCUGCAUAUGUUACGUUUGUGGUAUUGCUAACCAGAGUGAUUCUGUCAUAUAAACUGGAUUUUCUCAUUCCUUUGUCCAAGGUGGAUGAAAACAUGAAGGUGGCCCAGAAAAGAGAUGCUGUCCGACAGGGAAUGUUUUACUUCAGAAAAGAUAUUUGCAAAGGUGGAAAUGCUGUUGUGGAUGGAUGUGGCUCUGCACAGAAUGGGACUUGCACCAAGAUGGAGGAAUACACCUUAAUGAGCAUUGAUACAAUUAUCAAUGGGAAGGAAGGAGUCUUUCCUGGUUUGAUCCCUAUUUUGAAUUCCUAUCUUGAAAACAUGGAAGUGGAUGUGGACACAAGGUGCACCAUCCUAAACUACCUGAAGCUAAUUAAAAAGAGAGCAUCUGGCGAACUCAUGACAGUGGCUCGCUGGAUGAGGGAAUUCAUUGCACAGCAUCCAGACUACAAGCAGGACAGUGUGAUCACCGAUGAGAUGAACUACAGCCUCAUUUGGAAGUGCAACCAAAUCGCACAAGGCCAGGCAGAGUGCCCUGAACUACUAGGGGUAGGGUUUAAUAAGAAACAAAGUGGAAACAAAACUGGCUCUUUGUAAUCAAUCAAUGUUUCUUCAGUUAUAGAAAGUGGAAGCCUUUUAGCUAAGAUACUGUGAAUCUGGUACAGUUUCAUGGUGUGAAGACCAAAACAGGGAUACUGCACUAUCAAAUGGGCCAAUCUGCCUAAACACUCAUUUAAGGCAUCAUAAAAUGGGCAUAUUCUUCUUGUCAAGGUUUAUACAAUGUAUAUGUAAAUAGUAAACUAUUUUUAUGAUUAACAUCAAUGUAUUUUAAUAACACUGUAUCUAAAGUUAAUUGUGAAUUAGCUUCUAACUUUUUUAUGCUUAUUCUAGAAAGACAAAGUUGUCCUGAACGGCCUUGUACAUUUAACAGUACUUGUAUAUUAUUCCAGGCAUUCCAGUUGCUGAAUGUUUACUGCAGUUUUCUAACCUGGAAUGUGCUAAGUAAUCUACAUUAUUAUUUAAGAAAAAGACAACAAACUACAAACAAAACCCCCAACAAGUCUGCUGGAUGUACCUGAAUCACAGAUACUUUUUCUUUCCAUAGGGGUUUUGACAGUAUUUAAGACCAGACAAAUGUUAAGAUUUGUUAAUCUGUCAGUUGCCAUGAGACCUGCAUCCAUGCACUCUCAAACUGCAAAACUUGGAGGAGCAGGUCUGUCCUAUUCAGAUAACCUGCCUGUCUCCUGGUAACUACUUAGGAAAGGUCUGCCAUAUUCAUAUGUAAAAUGCAUUUCCUGGGAAAGAAGGACAUCUUGACCUGGAUACAUCAUUAUCUUUUCCCCUCUGAAGUAAAUUUAUACACUAUCACAGUUCAGAAAUUUUUCCAAUGAGUUGACAAAAAAAGCAGUAACAAGGAAGAGGUGAAAGAGGAGGAAAUGAGAACUGAACAUAAAACUCUUUACAAAGGAACUAGAGAGAGCUGGACUGCAGCAUUCCUUAACCACUAUUUCUUCCAUGUUGCUGCUGGUCCCAGUCAACAAUGCCUGCAGCACAAAGCCCUGUUGCUUCUUCCUCUAGAUUGAGUUUCUCAUUUGCCAUUCAUGUUUUUUGUCAGCAUGUUUAUUUCCUAUAAACUGCUUUUAUGUCAAUAGCUGAGGUACCUACGCAGCUGUAGAUGUGGACAACUUAAUCCCCUCUAGCAAAUAGCUACAAAGAAAUCGUGAGAUACACUAAUCCUUCAAAUUGGGAGGCAGUGCUGGGAGUGACUGUAAAGUAUUUAAAAUUUAGCCAUUGCAACUGUAAAUAAACUUAAAAGGCCUUUUUUUGAUUCAGCUUCUUAACUGACUUCUGGAAGCGAGUUGUGUUCUAGGUAGAUAACGUAAAGCUCAAUGCAAGCAUCUAUAAAUACCUGAGGUGUAAUGAUUUUUUUAAAGAACUAAUGGAGAAACUGCAACAAAGAGGUGCAGAAGAAGUGUUUAUGUGCUGACAUUAGGCUUUGUUCUGUGUUCACAGGUGUGCUUUAGAGAAUAAAAGGAAUGCUUUUUUCUGCGGUGCUGAAUUUCUUUUAAUCAAGAUGUAGAGAUGAUAAUUUAGUUUCUGUAAUAAGGCAAUAAAAAUAAAAUGUGCA